AAGUUACGGACCGCAUGCAAGUGCACAUCGAAUUUAUCGGUAGUGUUAUAUUCGUAUCACUUGCAUUUUUCCACGUUUCUAGAUUCUUCUCUGCAUAUUACCAUACUCCAUAACUCAUUUCGACUACGUUCCAAUCCAAAUUGGAGAUUCAUUAAAUUUCUCCAUACUGUUGUGCGGUAUUUCGUGACAUUUCGCAUAUACACUAAUACAUGUUAGAAAAACUUAUCGAAAAAGAAAGGAGAUUCGUGUGGAGCAGCCUGAAGAAUAUUCUCGAUAAAAGUUUGAUAUAAUCUCGUGUGAUUCAACAAUUCAGAAAAUUGUUUACGACGAAGAUAAAACGAAAGUCAACGUGCACCGUAACAUAUUCCAAUGGGGGGAACUGUUGUUUCCCGUUACAUGAGGGGGAGAACCAGAAGUAGGAGAAGGAUGGAAUGACACGCGGACACGAGAAAGACGACGAGAGGAGACAAUUGAAGUGCGCGUGUGCAAAAGUGCGCGGCACGCGGACGGAAGUUCGAUGUGCGUUGUUAUGCUUUUUGCGGAACUAUCUAGACGUGUUUACUCGUUGAUUCUCGUGGAUUCUACGAUUUAAUUUUCACAUUCCACAUGCGUAGUGUUCUCUAGUACAUGUGAUACUAGAUAUCGUGUUUAGGAAUUGUUUGAUCGACCGGUCAAAAAACUGUGGGAACAGCAAUGGACCAACGAAAUAGUUCGUGACGUGUGAAAAAUAAAAGAAGGUGACAGAAACAAGGAAAAAAUAUUUAUUAACAACUUAACGAGUGUGCAACGUCUCAUUAUUUUGAAAUGUUAAUCGUGAUGUGCAUACAUGUGACAUUUAUAUAAACGAAAAAUACAUGAUGGAAUAUAUAAACAUGUCGGCUUUUCUACGCACGCGCGUGAUUGUUCUCGCGCGCAAAUGCAAUAUUAGAUUGGUACUGGACGCAUGGCACGAAAUCGUAUGCGUUCGUUUAUAAAAAGCGAGUAACACGGUAACCUUGCAAUAAAACUGUGAAGUAUAGUGGACACAGAAAAUUGUAAAUUGAGAUAAAUGUGAAAUACAGUGUUUUUUUUUACGACUAUUGUGGAUUUGUGCUUCAAAUGCCGGCUAUCUAUAUAUGAGAAUUUGAACAUACAACGAACAAUUUGAUAGAAGAAAAAUUUUUAUCUGGAUUUUAUCUGGAAUAUUAGAACGAGAAUUGGAGGAAACUGGUGUCGAAAAUCGAAUCUACGCCUCGACGGUUCGAGACACGUGUUCCUACGCGUUUCUACAAGCGCGCGAUAAAAGGAUUAGAAAGAGAGAGAGAGAGAGAAAGGACAACGAUAGAGAGACAAACGACCGCUCAAACAUUUCAUUGAGAUUGUUCUUUGUAAUUAUGAAAAGGCUGUGAAUCGAGGUUACCUAUGUAUCGCGAAGAGAACGAGCAAAACAGAGCCGCGGACUUGGCUCCCCAACAACCGAGUGGUGCAAACACGUUCGAGCGUUUGGAACAUUCUCAGGAUAGCAAAAAUGGGGACGAUGGCCCCAAGAAGGUGCAAACAGACGCUUCCUCUUCAACGAAUACUCCUAAGCCGCGUGCACGGAAUUGUGCACGAUGUCUGAAUCAUCGGCUGGAGAUCACCUUAAAAUCGCACAAGAGGUACUGCAAGUACCGUACUUGUACCUGCGAGAAGUGUAAGAUCACUGCCAAUCGGCAGCAAGUGAUGCGGCAGAAUAUGAAGCUGAAAAGACACCUGGCACAGGAUAAAGUCAAAGUAAGAGUAGCGGAAGAGGUGGAUCCGCUCCCAUUUGGCGUAGAAAAUACAAUUUCUUCGGUCCCUCAACCACCUAGAAGUCUCGAGGGUAGUUACGAUAGUAGCAGCGGCGAUUCACCAGUGAGCAGCCACAGUAGCAAUGGUAUACACACCGGAUUCGGUGGUAGUAUCAUCACUAUACCCCCUACGAGAAAAUUGCCGCCGCUGCAUCCUCACACUGCGAUGGUCACCCAUUUGCCACAGACGUUAACCAGUGAAAAUGUGGAAAUUCUAUUGGAGCACAGUAGCAAACUUGUAGAACUUUUCCAGUAUCCUUGGGAAGCACUGUUAUUGAUGUACAUCAAUUUAAAAUAUGCAGGGGCUAAUCCGGAAGAAGUAGUGAGACGUAUGGUCGAUGCUAGCAACGAAAUCCGUAACAUGCACUUCUUGAAAGCAAUCAGAAUGUCCCAACCUAGUCGUGCGUUCCGCUGCACCGCGGCAUGUGCUGCACCCACGGGGCCGCCAACGGGACCUCCGACAUACGAGGGUGAUGUGCCCUUCAUAGGGGUUGGACCACCCCCGAAUCCUAUCCAUUUCAGGCCGUUUCUUCAUCCCGAGAAUGCUCAUAUACCGGCUACCAGACUACCGUCCAGCCCAGAUGGCCCUCCGAAACAUACGUAGCCUCGAUCGAUUAUUCGACCAUUCAAUGAGGUAAAACAUACGGAAGAACAGGUCAAACCCAAAGAGAAAUGAUUAUAUCGAAGAAAGAAAGAAAAAGAAGAAGAAGCGGAAGGCCCAGAAAAAGAGAAUAACGGGGAAGAAGUUUCGUUACGGAACGUUCUACGUUCCAUUUCUGAUCAUCAUUCUCUUGAAACAUCACUUCUUUCCUCGAAACUUGGGUGGCGCGAAAUUAAAAUUAAAUUUAAAAUUGACCGUGACGUUUUAUACAUUUUUUGGAAAAAGUAUUACGUUCCUCGAUUACUCUUGUACCGUUACUUGUGACGAAAUCGAUACUUGAUGACUAUUGUGACCAGUUUACCUGUUAAAUCGAAAACAAUCAAGUUGUUAGAUCGAAACGAUUAAACGUGAUUUCUCACUAACGUUUCUAAAAAUGUUUUUGAGAAAAUGUUGAAUGCACGAUUACGAAAGAACAUGUGUCGUUCACGGCCGAUUCACAAAGAGAUAGGGAAGAUCGAUGCUCCAUCAAUGUGAAAAUAACAGUGUUGCGAUUCAAACACCGUGUUCCGAACACAAAAGGAAUCCGCCGGUUU